GCAAUAUAAAACGAGGCACAUCUUCGCUAACUGUAUUCUGCAAACAACUGAACGAAGAGUGCCUGCCUAGUGCAAAACAGAAUCACAUUAGCACAACAUGACUCCUGUAACGUUAAUAUUAUUAUCAGCACUAAUAUCAUUAGCGUCGUGUGGACGCCUGGAGCCGCAAUACUUACCUCCGAGGCUGGGAGGAGGUAACGGAGGACUGGGAGGAGCUGGAGGAUCCGGAGGUGGAGGCGGUGGAAACGCAGGACUUGGAGGAGGAUCUUUUGGCGGAGGAAGCGGCAAUUUCGGAGGCGGUUCAUCAUCAGGCGGAGCAAACGUACCUAUACUCCGAUAUGAAAACGAGAACAACGGAGAUGGCACUUAUAAGUUCAGCUACGAAACUGGCAAUGGCAUAUCAGCCCAAGAAAGUGGUGCCCCACGUGCCCAAGGUCCCGAAGGUCCUGCCGUCACAGCUGAGGGUGCCUUCUCCUACCGCACGCCCGACGGGCAGCAGAUCUCGCUGACCUACACUGCUGAUGAGAACGGCUUCCAUCCCGUCGGCGACCACCUUCCCACUCCUCCUCCCAUCCCUGAUGCAAUCCUACAGUCACUUGAGUUCAAUAGGCGCAACCCGUCUUCUGGAGAGGGAUCGUACAACGAAGGCUCGUUCGGCGGCUCUGGUAGCGGCAGCGGAGGCGGUAGCGGCGGCGGCAGCGGUAGCGGAAGAUUCGGCGGUGGCGGCGGCGGCAGCGGAUCUGGAGGAAACGGUGCAAACGGAUACCACUAUUGAUCUCAUUAACCACGAUAUCACUAAGAACUGCUGCUGAACCGUUGUUGAAAUGUAGAUUGUAUUCGGAUUUAGUUGUAAGGUUAUACAGCCAUAAAUACUUCAUAUAAUAACUUUAGUAUCUGCUAAGUUAGUCAUUAUGUAACUACAGAGGCUGCUUCACCGAUUCGCUUAAAAUUGGCUGAAACGCGGCCGCGUGUCUCGAUGCAGGAUGUUUUUUUUGUUCAAUUUUCAAACUGAGGUCAUAUAGGCAUCCCUCCACCCUGUCUGUCCCUUAAUCCUUAUCCUUCCAAUCCAAUCCUUGCAUUACUCAUGCAUUAAAGACCUUCAGUUUCUUCCUCUUUUUAACCGAUUUCAAAAAAGGAGGUUCUCAAUUCGUGUUUAUGUUAUUUUUAUUCAUUUUCGUUUUUUUAUUAUUAUUUUUUUCUUCGUCAAAAAUACUUUAUUACGUGUAAGGUAAUAAAAACUUAAUGUAUUAAGGGUUGCCAGUAGAUACGUUUUAACACGUUUCAGUACUGUUUUCUUAGUAUUAACUUAUAAUCUAUAGACGUCAUUAAGGCUUUAUUUUACUCUGUUAUUUUGCGUAAAUUCUAUGCUUAACUUUAGCUGUAAUUAGAUAAUUAUUUUCAUUUAUUUUAUCAUUGCAUAUAGUUUUUUUUUUACUUUAAGAUUUUUUAUUAGAGGUCAAUGACCUCGCGUGUAUAUGGACUGUGAUACCACGAAACAGGCAAGCACUCGAUAAUUUAUUUGAGCUUUUAUGUAAUAUACCUAUGUAAAUAGGCAUGUGAAUAAAUGUGAAUGAAUGAAAAUGAA